AUGCUCAGCCGACUCAAUCUUCUAACCCGCCAUAUAGCUCGUCCUUUCGGUUCUAUCCAUUCCUCUAAUCCGACUCUUUCAACCUCGUCCCUGAGCCGGUGCUCCGGUCCGUCCGUUAUGACAUCAGCCGCGAACUUGAAGCCUAUUCACACGGCGGCAUGCCUGAUUAUUGGUGAUGAGGUGCUCGGUGGGAAGACCAUCGACACCAAUUCUCCCUUCCUGGCCAAGUUCUGCUUCGGUCUGGGCAUCCAGUUGAAGCGUGUGGAGGUCAUCCCCGACGAUGAAGAGGAUAUCAUAGAGGCAGUGCGCCGUAUGAGUGCCCGCUAUGACUUUGUCGUUACCAGUGGAGGCAUUGGUCCAACCCACGACGAUAUCACCUACCAAUCCAUCGCCAAAGCCUUCAACCUAAACCUCAAACUCCACGAACCCGCCUUCGAACGCAUGAAACGCCUCUCCAAACCCCACCCUAUGCAACCAAAAUUCGACUGGGACACCCCUUCCCCAAGUCUAACCGCCAAACUGCGCAUGGUAGAGCUCCCCUACGACCCCAACCGCUCUGACGAGUCCCAAGCCAUCUUCGUCGCAGACGACAUGUGGGUGCCCAUCGCCGUGGUAAAUGGAAACGUACACAUUCUCCCCGGCGUACCGCGUCUCUUCGAGCGCCUCCUGCUAAACCUGAAGCCGCAUCUCGUUCCGCGCUUGUCGGACCCGGAGGGUAAGGGUACGUUCCGGUUUUUGUUUAGUACGCCGAUGCCGGAGAGUGCGGUUGCGCCGUAUUUGACGGAGUUGGCGGCCAAGGUUGAGCCCAAGGGCGUCAAGGUGGGAAGUUAUCCGCGCUGGGGGAAGAAGAGGAAUACGGUUACCCUUGUGGGAGCUGAUAAGGCGUAUUUGGAGUCGUUGGUUGCGGAAGUUGAGGUUGGUGUGGAGGGGAAGUUGGUUGUUAAGGAGGAUGAGUUGGAUCCUCCUUCGGAUACGGAGCAUGUUUUCAGCCAGUAG